AUGAUGUCAUCCAAGCCAACAGCCUUCCCCAGAAUGUGUGAAACCAAACCUAAUCCUUACCCACCAAGCUACUCUACGGCUCCUGGGUUUCAACAACCUCUGAGUUUCAUCAGCCUAGGAAACCAAGCGCAGAGUGGUCAGCCUCCCUUCAUUACUUCUCCAGGAACCUUCACCAACAGUCGGCAGGGUCCAGGAAAUAGACAAAUGGUAAAUUAAGCUAGAGGAGAAGCAGCUACAAGCUUUAAAGAAGAAGCAAAGACACUAGGGGCAAUCCAGAUCAUGACUGGAUUGAGGCACACUGACUUCAGAAUUAUUGGGGGUUUAAUGGCCUCUAUUUAUAACCAAGAGUUGGGUUUUGCUUCCUUGUCUUUUAUUGGCGGAUAUCCAUUCUGGGGCGACCUCUCUUUCAUUAUUACUGGAGCACUCUCUAUUUCGGCAUCCAAGCAGUUUUCCCCUUGUCUGAUAAAAGGCAGCCUAGGAAUGAACAUUGUUAAUUCUGUCUCUGCCUUCAUGGGGGUGAUUCUGUUGCUGGUGGAUGUGAGCAUUAAUGGGCUGCCUAAUCAAGACUACUGGGGCAGACUAGAGAAUAAACUUGCUGGGAAAGGAAUUUCAGCCAUGCUGACCCUCUUCUCUCUUUAGGAGUUUUGCAUAACUUGUGUCACAGCACAUUUUGCCAGCCAAGCAAUCACCAACACCAACCAGUCUGUCCUUGGUAUUCCAAUUGUGUAUGCAAAUAGUCCCUUGACAACAGGGUGGUCCUCAGUUCCUCCCAGAAAUGAUGGCCACCAAACUCAUACCACCUAA